AUGUCGUCUUCAGAAUCAGACCAUAGUCAUGAUCAUCACAACCAUCACGACCAUCACCACCAUCAUCAUGGUAAAUGUCAUUUAUUUCGAACGAAAACGUUUCGCUUAUUAGUAAUGAUUUGUUUAACAUCGGCAUUCUUCGUUGUCGAACUUGUUGUUGGCAAUAUAACAAAGUCAGUUGCGCUUGUUGCGGAUGCAUUUCAUAUGUUAUCUGAUAUAAUAUCGCUUGUCAUCGGAAUAAUUGCCGUUCGAUUUGUUAAGCGUCAAACCGAGGUCAACACAUAUGGAUGGGUGCGCGCCGAAGUUGUGGGUGCAAAUAUAAAUACUGUUUUUCUUCUCGCCCUUUGUUUAACGAUUAUAUUCGAUGCUAUCAAACGAUUUGUUGAACCUGAGCCCAUCGAAAAUGUUAAUCUAUUACUUAUUGUUGGCGGGAUUGGCUUGGGAAUCAAUAUUAUAGGCUUAUUAUUGUUUCAAGGUUUUCACGGGCAUACACAUGGAGGUCAUUCGCAUGGUGAGACCAGAGGUAAAAACUCGAGUAUACAUAGUCAACCGGAAAUUCUUCAUGAUAGUGAGAGUCGCUUAGAAAGGCAUAGCACACGAGCAUUGCAAGAGAUUAUCGCCGAAUGCUCUAACGAAUCAGAUGAAAGCCAAUCGGAUACAAACAAUGGAAUCAAGACGGCAAAACCUGAUGAAAAAGAAAAUAAACCAAAAAAGAAAGCAUCGAUGAAUAUGCACGGAGUGUUUUUACAUGUGUUAGCUGAUGCUCUGGGCUCGAUUGUUGUUAUAAUAAGUGCUUUAAUAAUCAAAUUUGUUCCACAUGAGCAAGACGAUAAGAAUCAUUGGACAGUUUAUAUUGAUCCGACUUUAUCAGUAAUUAUCGUUAUUAUAAUCAGCCUGUCGGCUCUUCCGCUUUUUCGUGAUACAGCUUCGAUUUUACUUCAAACAAUACCUAAAGACCUCGAAAUUCAUAAAAUUAAAGCUCAACUAUUAAAAGCGGUUCCUGAAAUUAAUAGUAUCCAUGAAUUACACAUUUGGCGGCUUACCAACGAAAAAAUUAUAGCAAGUGCUCAUUUACAUAGAAGAAAUUUAACCAAUUAUAUGUCGGUUGCAGGAAAAGUUAAAAACUUUUUUCAUUCAAUUGGCAUUCACUCGGUCACCAUGCAAUAUGAACACGAUGCUGAUGAUCCACUAACAUCCUUUCCGACUCGAGACGUCGAUACUCUAUCGAAACUAACUGGCGAUUGUUUACUUCGUUGUGAAAAUAAUUCAUGUGAAACUCAAACAUGUUGUACGAUGAAAUCAGUUCGUUCGAAUGCAUUAUUACAGACUAAUCAAAUUAUGCAAGUAUCUACUAUUACUCCACCAAAACAACUUGAUAAUUCUCUACCGCAUAAUGUCUCAAUCGAUCUUUCAUUCCGAAAUGAAACAUUCUAA